AUGAUUCCUACGUUUGUAUUCAUUUCCAUGACAAUUUUGUGUGUCAGCACCAUAAUGGGGUUAUUCACCAACGCAAUAAUCAUCACAGUUAAUGUCGUAGACAAAAUCAAGGGUAAGUCCAUCAGCGCCUCAGACCUCAUCCUGGUGACAAUGGGUGUAUCAAACGUCAUAUUUCAGCUCAUAAUGCUGGCGAAUGAUUUUUGCAGCUUACUCGACAGUAACCUCUACUUCUCCAAAGAGGUAUAUAUAAUUUUCUCAGUUGUGCUCAAUGCGUCUAUCUUCUCCAGCUUCUGGUUCACUGUAUGUCUGUCUAUCAACUAUUAUUUCCAGAUUGUUAUAUUCACUCACCCAUUCCUUAUCCGCCUCAAGUUAGCCGUCUUCCGAUUUAUCCCACAGUUGCUCAUGGCCUCGGUUUUUGUAUCACUAGGCACAUGUAUCCCGGUAAUCUGGAACAUAAUUGUAUAUGAUAAUGAUUUUAAUAUGACGAUUAAUCAGACUGCAGAAAUCUCUUUACCGGAGCUGAACUUAGUGUACAUGGUCAUCAGUACCCUCAUCAGCUGUUCCCUUCCAUUAGUAUUGGUAGGUAUUGCCAAUGGACUCAUUAUCAAGUCUCUUGUGACCCACACUCACAAGUCAGACCGAAACGAGAAGGGAGAUCUGAGUGCUCGGGCAGAAGGCCGGAUACGUGCAGCCAGGACACUAAGCUGCCUUCUCUUCAUUUAUAUUUCUUUCUAUGUAUCAGAAAUACUAAUGUUUACUGAUGUCUUCCCUCCAAGCAGCCCAGGACUGUGUGCAUGUUUGAUUGUAAUUUACAGCUAUCCUCCUGCGCAGUCAAUUGUUCUUAUUUUUGGGAGCCCUAAACUGAAACAGGCCGCUGUCAAUAUUAUGCGCCGGAUGGGAGGUUUUAAGGAAGAAAAGUCUAAAACGGCAACUGUUUCAUUCAUCAAGUUCAACAUUAAAAAGGUAGUGCCCCCUCCAGCAACAUGA